AUGGUGAGGAGCCCGAAUGAGGUCGAACGGAUUCGCCAAGAGAUGCGUGCCGAGGAAGUGGAGCGCUUGAACGAGCAAAAAUGGCAGCUGCAAAUGAAACGCAAAGAGUGGGAUGUUUUCCCGAAACCGCCCACACUAAAGGAGUGCUGGCUGGCACAUCUGUCAAUGCUGACUGGGGGAGGUCGGGGACUCUCGGGGAUCCGACAAGAUUUCAGGAAGAAAAAGCGGGUUGUCGACAAAGACAAUGUGCGCGUAUACUUGAAGAAUAUGCCGAAAAAUCGAUACAAAGACGUGCCAUGCCUUGACGAGACGAGGGUCAUCCUGAAAGAUUGUGACAACGACUACAUACACGCGAACUAUAUGUGCACUAAACGGUACGCCGAGGAGGUGACGCGCUUCAUUUGCUGCCAAGCACCGAAGAAGGAGACGUUGAUUGAUCAUUGGAGAAUGAUCGAGCAAGAAGGGGUGGAGGUGAUCCUGAUGCUGUGCGACUACAAACUGGACGGGAAGGAAAAGUGCGCCGAAUACAUCCCGACCGCCGAAAAGCCGGAGAUGACAUUUGGCCCCUUUACAAUCAAGCUGAAGAAUACGGACAAGGUAAAAUGGGAGUGCGAGACGGCGGCCAUCGUCAACAUCUCGACCCUAGAAGUGCAUAAGGAAGGCAAGGUGUUGACAGAAGCUUUUGCCAAGACGCGAAACCCCAUGGGCCGUAAAUAUUGGCCGCCGAUCCUGGUGCACGACAGUGCCGGAACCGGCUGGGCGGCCGUCGUCGUGUUGGCUAAGAUGUUUCUGGAAGGGAUCCGAAAGAGCAUGGGCAUGGGCGGGUACCUGGAAUGUCUCCUCAGCGACGUGCGAGAGCACCGGGCCAAUGCCAUCGAGACCGAGGCGCAAUACCUCUUUUUGCACAAGGUCCUCAUCGACCAUUUGGCGGAGGUAAUCUACGCGAAGGGCCAGAGCGAUGUCGGCCGAUUCAAAUACGAGUACAACGAAUUCCUCAAAACCCUGAACGGCGAGAAGAAGAUCCCGGAGGAUUGGCGA